UCUGUAAAGAAGCAAACACGGAAAUUCACAGCAGCACGAAACAUGCACUCAAAGCUAUGUUGGCAUUUGCCAUAUUUGGAACGAUACUAGCCAGUUUAGAAAUGAUAAAUUUCUUUCUUGGUUCGUGCAAGCAAAAGAUUAUGCAUCCAGUGUUUUUGUCUAUUAUUGUUUGUCUCUUCGAAGAGUUGCCAUUAGCUGGUCUUCGCUAGAAUCUUAAAACGUCGGCUAACAAUGAAAUGGUAGAUAUUUGGAGCAUUGUGUCCAGCAUUGGGACCAUGACAGCCCCUUUGCUUGGUCCUAUCUAUAAGUGUUAUAAAAUGACAGAUUGCUGCAACUCCUUUGACAGUGAUGAGGACGACGAAACUCGCAACCUCGUACCCAGGGAAACUUGCUGUGACGAGCUGUGCUCUGGGGAAAGCAGGGGGUUCGGUGCGACUUGCCUCGUCUUGAUGGUUGGUGUUGUUGUAAUUAUCAACAUUCUCAACUGGGCAGAUGUUGAAGCCCCUGGUGCUGAAUUGUGCGUCCAAGCAGUCCAAGAGUAAAUGCUUCUUCGUGGACGUUGGAGUAUAGGUAUAGUUUAUGCAUCUUUAAAAUCAUAACUGAAAUGGAUCAAUCAUUCAAAUAGAAAUCUCUCAUAGUCUUGCCAGUGAACUUAAGAUAAAAAAUUCAGUAGAACAAUACGUAAUUGCAUAUAGCUACAAAUAGACUAUUCUUAUCUUUGUCAUCUAUUUUAAUGUUAGUAGAAUACAGUUUCGAUUCGGAAAUACAAUACUGAAAUAAUUUUUAACGAAUAUAAAAUUGAAUGUAGUGAAAGUUGUGAUCGAUGUAAUGAAUGUUUCAAAUCCCAGCCCUGUAGGCUUGCAAAAUUAUGCGUCCAUUGACCGAAAGCAUACCUUCUGCACGAUAAACACGGUACGGAAAACCAAGCUUCAAAUUUUUCAGUAUAUCAUGGCGUCAGUGAGUUUCUCUUUCCCGAGGCGGACUUCUUCAAAACAAAAUCUUUUGAGCGUUACCGACCCUCAUCAUUCUAACGAAGGUGAGUCGGUGACAACACAUCCUGGUUGGAAGUACUCUAUUCCAAGGAUCGUUUUGUCAGUUGCGCUCGUAGCUUAUGGUAUUUUUGAUUGCGUUAGCGAUUGGAAGCUAUAUUGUGAAAGAGAUAGUCAGAUUGAAGACAUCUGUAAAGAAGCAAGCACGGAAAUUCAUAGCAGCACGAAACAUGCACUCAAAGCUAUGUUGGCAUUUGCCAUAUUUGGAACAAUACUAAUCAGUUUAGAAACGAUAAAUUUCUUCCUAGGUUUGUGCAAGCAAAAGAUUAUGCAUCCAGUGUUUCUGUCUAUUAUUGUUUGUCUCUUCGAAGAGUUGCCAUUAGCUGUUCUUCGCUGGAAUCUCAAAACGUCGGCUAACAAUAAAAUGGCAGAUGGUUGGGGUAUUGCGUCCAGCAUUGGGGGUAUGACAGCCCCUUUGCUUGGUCCUAUCUAUAAAUGUUGUAAAAUGUCUGAUUGCUGCAAGUCCAAGUCCUCUUGCUGUUCUGGUGAGAAAGACGAAACUUGCUGUGACGAUCUGUGCUCUGGAACAAGCGGGUGGUUCGGUGUGACUUUUCUCGUCUUGAUGGUCUUGGUUGUUGUAACUAUCAACAUUCUCAACUGGGCAAAUUUUGAAGCCCCUGGUGCUGAAUUGUGCGUCCAAGAGUAAAUGCUUCUUCGUAGCCAUUAGAGUAUAUGUAUAGUUUAUACAUCUUCAAAAUCAUAAAAUGGAUUAAUCAUUCGAAUAGAAAUCUUUCAUAGUCUUGUCAGUGAACUUAAGAUAAAAAAUUCAGUAGAACAAUACGUAAUUGCAUAUAGCUACAAAUAGACUAUUCUUAUCUUUGUCAUCUAUUUUAAUGUUAGUAGAAUACAGUUUCGAUUCGGAAAUACAAUACUGAAA